AGGUCUGACUGACCUCACCCAAGAGCUUUGUGCAGUCUGCCUCCAGUAGGGAGAUGAUUUUGAAUUGGUGUGCCACUAUCUGAGUGGGUUUUUAAGCAAAUUAAUCUUGUAGAUUGGAUAAGGCCAAGACUGACUGCAGAGAUAAAAAGCUUAGAAGAUUUGCUAAUAGUUAUGGGCAAAGGUAAUAAACCCAGUUAGGGUGGGAACAGUGAGGAUGGAAAAGGAGGAAUUGACAAGUUUCAGCAGCUCCUUGGCUUGGAGGAGUGAAAGAGAGGGAACCCCAAGACCAGACCAGGGGGAGUUUUUAGUUGUGUUAAGGUUCAAAUUCCAGAAACGCAGGAGUGGAAAAGGUCAGAGGGAGGUUGGGAAUUUGAAAUAGGAGCUCAGGUGAAAAGUCAGGGUUGGGAAGGUAGUUUUGAGUUAUUUGCAUAGUCUUGGAACUAGACCAAGUCACAUGGGGAGAGAAGAGGGCAAAAACCAGAUGCCCACAUUAAAAGGAGGUGCCUGCAUGGAAGGGCAGGGAGGAAGCCCCAGAGAGGAGCACACAACACGCAUUCUCCUCCCCCUUUUGCUGGAAGUGCUCAUGAAGACAGAAGACAGUCCAGUCCAGUAAGCAUUUGUGAAGCGCCUGCCUGUGCCAGGCACUGUGCUAAGUGCCGGGAUUUCCUUUAGAUGGACGGCAGGGAGCUGAAGGAAUACCCAGGGGCCAAGUCACUCCCCAGCGAGAUGGUUGUGUCUCCUGCUAAAGUGUGUGGGAUCAUCAAGGAAUCAGAAACUGUCCGAAGACUCCGUUUGCUGAUUACCAAUAAAGACUUUACUUUCAAAGCUGGCCAAUGGGUUGAUUUCUUUAUUCCUGGUGUUCCUGUGGUUGGUGGAUUCUCAAUUUGUUCAAGCCCGAGCCUGUUAAAACAAGAAAGUGCUUUGGAAUUAGCAGUGAAAUAUACCAGCCAUCCUCCCUCUCUCUGGGUCCAUACCAAGUGUGUUCUUGGCUCUGAAGUGGCCCUGCGCGUUGGUGGAGAGCUCUUCUUUGACCCUCAGCCCUCAGACUCCUCUGUGAACCUGGUGCUGAUAGCUGGAGGAGUGGGGAUCAACCCCCUCAAUUCCAUCCUGCUGCAUGUCGCCGAUCUGCACAGACAGAGGGAGAGCAAAGGAAGUGGUUACGAGAUGGGAACAGUGAACCUGCUCUACAGUGCAAAAAACACUGGCGAGCUGUUAUUUAAGAAAAGUCUUCUCAAUUUAACAAAUGCAUUUCCUGGGAAAAUCAUGUGUAGUUUCUAUGUUACACAACAGACUACAGAAAUCAGCGAAGAACUUCUGCCAUAUGUUACUGAGGGAAGGAUCUCUAACAAGGACCUUGAGAAGCACAUCUCUGAUGAGCGCACUUCCUUUUUCAUCUGUGGCCCGCCGCCCAUGAUAGAACAGUUCUCUCACCAUCUAGAAGCCUGCAAAGUUCCCAAAGAGCACAUUUGUUUUGAAAAGUGGUGGUAGCGGCCAAGACGGAGAGAGGCGGGCGUUCGCUCAGGCCAGUGACCAGGACUAGUCCUGUGCCGUGUAUAUGCUGAGGUCACAGGCCUCCCCGGAGCUGCCCCAGCGCUGUCCAGUGAGAUGACUUCCUGGUGAAAGGGGAGGAGGAUGAAGGAAGAAGUCGAGAUGUGGUGAAAAGCACUAAGGAGAUGAAAUCUGAGAAAAGGUAUCAGUGAUGCCAGGACAUGGAUGAUAGUGACCUGAAUCUCUUCUAUUGCUAAUUCCUGAGUGAUCCCAGAGGGCUACCCACAUUGGGCCAUUAUUGAUUUUUCUGUCCUUUUUUCCAGAGCGGGUGGGGGUGGCAAGAAUGAUUUAGAUUUACCCAAAAAUAUCAGAAAGCACUGGAUUUGUGUGUGAAAUAUUGGCCUCGUAUAACUUCUGUUUCACAGAAAACCGGUGUCAUUUAUGUGCAAUAAACUUCUCUUUUGAUCA